AUGCUGAUAAUAGAGAAGCAUCCCAACGGAUGCGGUGGCCCUGGUCUUUCUACACUCCUCAACUUCUCCCAUCUCAGACAGCACCCGCCGGUCUUCUCGAUCGUCUACCACCCUGGACCAAUUCCGGUAUUAGAGAUGCAUACCAAAGGAUCUUCAUCUUCCUUCUACAGUUUACCUGCUCGUCCUACACUCCUCAAUUGCUCC